AUGGCAAAGACGAUAGUUAUUGUUACAUGCCUCGUGGCGUUUAUUGUGGCGGUGUUGGUGGCCGAUGUGGUAGCCCAAACACCAACACCAUCACCAUGUACUACUACUCCACCACCCGAUUUACAACAAAAUUGUGCUGGAGCAUACUUGGGCUUUAAUCCAUCAGCUCAAUGUUGUAGUGUUUUAAAAAGGGAGGAAAGAUGCCUUUGUACAUACGCUAGUAACCCAGACUAUGCAAUAUUCGUUAAUUCCGAUACUUCUAAGCGUAUAGCCGCCAAAUGUAAUAUCACCCUUACAUGUUAA